AUGCGGCGGGGUCGGGGCACGGGGCUGGCGGCGCUGGCCGCGCUGAUCAUCGUGGCUGCAGUCAGAGCCCAGGUACAUCAGGAGCCAUUCCUGGAGACCACCGAGGGCACCGGCAUCAACAUCACCUGCUCACAUACCAAAAUCCAACCCACUGACUGGAUCCAGUGGUACCGUCAGCUCCCUGGCCAAGGACCUGAACUCCUCGCACUCACUAUGAAAGAGUCCAAAGAGCUGCCGGAUGGUGCAGGACAGCUGUCGGUGUCGGCAGAUCGGAGUUCGAGCUGGCUGUGGCUCGCUGAGCCCCGGCGCGGGGACGCGGCCGUGUAUUACUGCGCGCUGGGGGCCCGGGCAGAGGAGCCGGGGCUGCGGCCGGGCACGAACCGCGGCGGGCGGGGCCGGGCGGGAACCGACACCGGCACCGGCACUGGGACCGGCACCGGCACUGGCAAUGGACAUCGGUACCGAUCCCUCAAUGGGACCGGGAUCGAAACCACCAUCGACACCGGCACCGUCAUUGACCCGAGCGGGGCCAGCAGGGGGCGCUGCCGCUCCGCCCGCCGGGCCCCAGGGCCGCGCCUCCGCAGCUCCUUCCUCUGCCCCGAGCCCACAGCAGCGACACCGCACAUCCCCAAACACGCCUCCCGCACGCCUCACAACCGCCCACAACCUGAUCUCACACAACCCCCACACACACAGUCUGGCCCAGCUCCGGCUGCUCCUUGGGAGCGCCAGGACUGGGAGCUGACAAAGUAG